CUAAGCUUCGGAUGAAUGCAGACAGCUGAUGGAAAAUGGCGGAAAACACACGAUUAUGACCUGCCGAACCAUAUGACCACACGACUUGUGCAUAAAUUGUUGCAAGGAGGAUGCGUGACUGCUAGCGCUUGUUGUGUGCUUAACUUCAUAUGGGAACAUGUCGUCGAAUUAAUAGUGCUUUCAGGUCCAUCCAUGAUUCCUACCUUCAAUCUCAGAGAAGAUGGAGAUCUUGUGGUCACAGAGCAUCUUAGUUCAUAUUUCAGAACAAUUAAGAAAGGAGAUGUUGUCAUUGUAAAGUCUCCUGAGGAACCAAAUAACCUUAUUUGCAAGAGGAUUGCUGCAAUGGGUGGGGAGCUCAUAAGAACUGACACUGAUGGCAAAGACAGCUUCAAAAUUCCCAAAGGACAUUUGUGGCUUCUUGGUGAUAACUUUGAAUACUCCAAGGACUCUAGAGACUUUGGUCCAGUUCCCUACGGACUCAUUCGAGGAAGGGUUUGCUUCAAGGUAUGGCCUGUUAAUGAGUUUGGAAAAGUCAGGAAUCCAUUUGGUGACAGAUGAUACCAUAAGUUGAAGAUGAGCUGGGUGAAAACAAAACAACUGAUGUGAAUGGAGGCAGUGUACUUAGAUUACAUAAGACUUGAUCAGGGUGGCCAAAUCAAAUAUUCAUAAAAUUAAGGAUUUCACCAAGUUUAGCGGAGUCAACUAUGCAGAAUGUAUAGCUCUUUCUGCUUGACCAUCAAGAUUGUAACAGUAAUGAGUGUAUUCACCUACCUUACAUAAGUAGUAUAGUGAAGGAAUCAAAACAGUUUCAUGAUUAUUGUGUAUAACUUGCUUUCUUAUAGAACUAUAAAAACAAAGUGAAAGUACUUUGCAUUCCCUUUCUUAUUCUUUUAAUACAUGUUUCGACUGAAACUUCUUUCAUCUUCAGUUAAUUAUUGUACAGGAAGUUGAAUUAAUAGUAAGUAGAAAAUGCUAAUUAUGAUAAAGAGUGAUAACAAGAAAGGAGGUAAAGCAUGAAAGCGUGAGAAUUAAAUGGAUAGUUUUAGAUUCA